GUCACGUUUCGCAGCCAAUCAACGAUGACAACAACGGAACUGCAGUAAAAAGCCGGAAGUGCAAAGUUGGGUGUCCAUUUCCCCGCGUCUUUUAGACAUCCGCAAGAUUGAGUCGCUAUAUUUUGUGUCACGUGAUCAUGAGUAAACCGAAGUCCAAAGAUGCUCCAAUGCCAAUUGGCGAUUGUAUCACACAGCUUCACAAGUGUCUGAGGGAGCGACUUUGCCAUGGGCAGCUCCCCAGCAGGCUGGAAGCAUCUGAGGCCCAACACAAACACUUGCUGGGGUUGCUCACACGAACUGCCAUCCAUGGAGAAAGUAACUCUGUGCUCAUCGUAGGUCCCAGGGGAUCAGGGAAAACCGCGCUUCUCAAGUGCGUGUUAAGAGACCUGCUGCAGGAGAAGGAAGUGCAGAAAAACCUCCUGCAGGUUCAACUCAAUGGCCUCUUGCAGACUGACGACCGAAUAGCCCUGAAAGAAAUCACACGACAACUCAACCUGGAAAAUGUUGUUGGAGACAAAGUGUUUGGGAGCUUUGCAGAGAACCUGGUCUUCCUGCUGGAGGCACUGAAGAAAGGUCAGAUAACAACUCACAGAAGCUGCAACUUUUUCCCCCCUGUUGCUGGUUCAUCAUUUUUGUGCACAGGCGACCACAGCACCACCUGCCCAGUCCUGUUUGUCCUGGAUGAGUUUGACCUGUUCGCUCACCACAAGAACCAAACUCUGCUCUACAACUUGUUGGACGUAUCUCAGUCGGCCCAGGCGCCAGUCGCUGUGGUUGGCCUCACCUGUAGGCUGGAUGUCCUAGAGUUGCUGGAGAAGCGGGUGAAAUCGCGGUUUUCCCACCGUCAGAUCCACUUGCUGAGUAGCCUUAGCUUCACUCAGUACCUGGAGCGUGUCCGAUCCCAGCUAAGCCUGCCGGAUGACUUUCCUGAAAGGAAGUUCGCUCAGGACUGGAACAGCAGUGUGCAGAGUUUUUGUGAAGAGAAAUCCGUGGAGGAUAUUUUACGGAGACAUUUUAACUCCAGUAAAGACUUCCGCUCUUUGCACAUGUUGCUGAUGUUGUGCUUAAGUCGCAUCUCUAUCGUAAAUCCUACCAUCAAGCCUGCAGACGUGCUGGAAGCCAGCAGACUGUGUUUCAGCGAUGCAAAGUCCAAUAUGCUUCAUGGUCUUUCCGUCCUGGAGCUGUGCCUGGUCAUUGCCAUGAAACACCUUAACGAUGUCUAUGAAGGAGAGCCCUUCAACUUCCAGAUGGUUCACAAUGAGUUUAAGAUGUUCCUGCAGAGAAAGUCGAAUUCCAUGUACAAUUUUGAGCAGCCUGUUGUCAUGAAGGCCUUCGAGCACCUACAGCAGCUGGAGUUAAUCCGACCUAUUGACGGCUCUUCAGCCAAAACCCAGAGAGAAUACCAGCUGAUGAAACUCACACUGGACAACUGUCAGAUCAUGGAGGCACUGCAGAAGUACCCACAAUGCCCCACAGAUAUCAAACAGUGGGGUAUGUCUGCAUUUGGUUAGGAUUCAAAUCCUAACCUCGUGAGAGAGUGUGUCGUUUUAUUGCUGUACUCUUGUCCUCCUAAAAUAAUAAAGCUACUUUUUAAUGGAACUGCCAGAGAGGUAUUAAGGGCCAUUCUAGAAUUGGAGGACAUUUUCACCCUGCGUGUAAUUUCAAAUAAUCCCUGCCAGAAUACAGAAAUGUGCAAUUCAUUCAUGUAAAUUAUAGUUGUCCUGAGACAAAAUGUAAAUAGCUGUAAUAAAAGUAUUGUAACUCCUAAAUAUUAUUUCAAAUACCAAAUAAACCAAUUCUUUAUCAAG